AGUAAUGAUAGUGAACAAGUUCGUUUGAUGACAAUUGCUCCCAAAACAUGGGGUCGACAAAAAAUUGAAAAAUGGUUUAAAUCAAAGGCAAAUCAGACUCGACGAUCGCUUGUUCUUCGAAAAAAUAAUGGAAUAUUAGCCUAUCCACAAUGUCUACGAGGGAAUAUUCCUUUAUCUGAUUCAACAAUUGAUACUGUGGUCAAUUUCUAUCGUGAAGAUGGUAUUAGUCGAACCUCUUCCAAUUCCAAAGACACAAUUAAAAUCAACGGACAACCAGUGGCAGUUCGGUUUUUAGAAAUGACUGUCUUGGAUGCUUAUCAGAUCUUCAAUGAACGACAUCCUGGAACUGUUGCAAGAUCAACUUUUAAUGCUCUUCGUCCACGUGAAGUAAAACCUGUAACACCACAUGAAACGUGCAUGUGUAUUAUACAUGAGAACAUGGACCUAUUAUUGAAGGUUUGUACCAGCUGUAUAUUGAUUCGAAUGUAA